GCAAUCCUCACCCGCCGCGCGUUCCGAUUCUCCACGGCCGUCGUAGACCCGACUUCAGCCAAAAUACCCUAUGGAGAUUGUCGUCCACUUCAGGCGUCCAUUCUCCAAAUUUAUAGCAUUCUGCCGCGUCAGCUCUCGGUACGAUUCAACAAGCUUUGUCCAAGAAAGACCAAGAAACCAGAUCUGCCGGAAAGCAACCAUUGCCCGUGAGGCUGAUCGCUACCACCUGGGCCGAUAUCCAUCUGGUAGCUUCAGGGCAUCCGGGAAUACUUCCGGUGCUCACACAACUCUUGCUCGCUUUCGAGGGACGUUCUCUCAGGUUCAGACUCAGAUUAUGAGCUGUGUCGGAAUUCUUUGUGUCUGGUCAAAGACAUGUCAUUGCGUGACAUGUCUUGUUUCUGACUUUUGUUUGCUAACUCCUUUCCAGCAUUUGCCACUCACUUAUCCCCCAGUGACAGUCUCGUGGUCUAUUCCAGAAGACCCUUGAGGUGGCCUCGUUUACCACCCGGGCCGGAGACGAUCAUACCUUCUACACAGUUCCCGGCUACAUCAUGAAAAGUUCUCAUGGCUUCUUAAUUCCCGCGCUCCGCAAAUAGGAAUGAUACGCACAUCCUGACGAAUACCACCCGUGUGGUAUCAUGGCACUCACAAGGUGUGCCCAGCUUGGUGGCAUUUAUCGUUUUCAAGACCACCUUUUCCGAUGGCCUUACAUCAAUAUUUUUAUUUCAUAUUCGCUUGUCACCCUACCGCAUGUGCCUGCAAGGUCCAGUGCCACCACGGGAACAGCAACCUGUCCUAGAUGGCUUCCUCGCCCUCGCUGGCCCCUAUUCUCAAAAACUAGGCCUCGACUGUCUAGUUUGUCCCUCAUACAACAAGUGUCAUGUUGUCAAUCUCUAUAUAAGCUCCAUGACCUCUCGUGUUUUCUCUUGCGGGUUUCCUUAUCUAUAUAGGUAGAUCAAAAGCUCUCGCCAGCCAUGAAGCUUUCUGUUACCAUCCUUGCCGCCUACCUGGGCUUGGCAGCGGCCCACGGCGAUCAUGAAGGCCAACAUAUUCCCAAGAUUUUGGGUGGGAGAAAGUUUCUCUCUGAGAUGGGUGCUCGCCGUAGGUGGUCCCAGGGUGUCCAACAGCCCAAUGUGAUCAAAAGGUACCCACCAUCCCCCAAGCCUCAGCAUCACGCCGACAAACGACAAGAAAACACCAGCGGCAAAUGUGGCGCCAGUGGUGGAAGCUGCGCGGCAGGUUACUGUUGCUCGGCCGAAGGAUGGUGUGGAAGAGGCAUUGACUAUUGCUCUGCCCCUGAUUGCCAGCUGAACUACGGCCCUGGUUGCGACGGGAACAAAAAGCCAAGUGGCCCGGAUACCUCCGGAGUUGCUCGCCCAAAGCUUGGAAACGUCUUGUAUGGCGGAGCUGGUAUUUACGACUGCGUCACAUCGGGAGAUAUUGCCCUAACAUUUGAUGACGGGCCAUACCUCUAUACAAACGAUCUGUUAGAUAAGUUGAAGAGCUAUGGAGCCAAAGCAACAUUCUUCCUCACCGGAACGAAUAUUGGUAAAGGCAUGAUCAACGAUCCUGCCACGCCGUAUCCCGCCAUAAUCAAGAGGAUGCAUGCCGAGGGCCACCAAAUUGCCAGCCACACUUGGUCUCACCAGAACGCAAGUCAAAUGACCAAUACCCAGUUCACCAACCAGAUGGUGUGGAAUGAGAUUGCGCUCAACUCGAUUCUUGGAUUCUUCCCAACUUACAUGAGACCGCCGUAUUCCAUCUGCCAACGGGAAUGUCAAAACAUCCUCUCCACCCUCGGCUAUCACACCAUCUACUUCAACCUCGACACGGCCGGCUACCUAAACGACAGCCCCCGCGCAAUCCAGACGAGCAAGAACAUCUGGGAUGACGCCAUCGAAGGCUCCGACCCAGAAACAGACAGCUUCCUCCAGAUCGAACACGACAUCCACCAGCAAAUCGUCUACAACCUCACCGACUACAUCCUCACCUCUCUGUUCUCCAACGGCUACCGAGCCGUCACGGUAGGUGAAUGCCUAGGUGACCCGCCAUCAAACUGGUACCGUGCUGGUCCGGCCUCGUCGUCACCCUCAUCAUCACCGUCAUCGGCAGCUGUGCCCACCAGAACAACAAUCUCUGUUGCCCCGACAAGAACGGGCGCAAGCACAGAUGGUACCUGCGGAAACGGCAUCACGUGCGCGGGGACCAGAUGGGGAGCCUGCUGUUCCGCCUCUGGGUUCUGCGGGGUGGGCGAGGAGUACUGCCAGUUGGGCAACGGGUGCCAGGCAGCGUGGGGGAGGUGCGAUGGUGAUGCUCCUGCUGUAAGCAGCAGUUCUUCUCGGACGAGUAUCAGUACCCGGUAUGUCAUCAGCAGCACCAGCACAGCAACCAGCACACGUACGAGCAUCAGUACCCGAUCUGUUAUCACGAGCACGGCGAGGAGUACGAGUACUACCACGAGCUCCCGUAGUAGUGUCAGUACGCGGUAUGUGAUUAGCAGCACGAGCACGAGCACCAGGAGGAGCACGAGCACGAGUACAUCAAGAAGCACGUCAACAUCCGCCACGAGAACCAGAACCACUUCAACUACAACAUCCACCAGACCAACCUCCACCCCCGGCCUCGCCAUCAGUGAAGAUGGUCUCUGUGGUCCAGAGAACCAACAGACGUGCGAGGGGAGCGAGUUUGGGACCUGCUGCGGGCCGUCGGGGAGGUGCAGCUCGAGUAGUAUUGCUUGUUUGGCGAUUUUGGGGUGUCAGGAGAGGUAUGGGAGGUGUGUUUAACUUUCAGGUUUGCUUUUUCUUUUUCCAAAGUGUAUAGUUGUCGGAAGUGGGUAGUUGCACGUGGACAUUAUAUAAUUUCUGCUGGUAUAAAACGAUGUACUAUGCAAGUGUGAGUGGAAUAGGAAAUUGGAAAAUGGUGUGGUUCGGUGUGUGUAAAAGUAGGUUGGUAAGGUAGAUGGUUGCCUGCUCUUGUGGAGGAUUCGGUGAGAUGACUGGAUGCCAACAAGGAAGAGAGAUGAGGUUGCUGCCUGCGAGAACACGUGUUGUGGAACUGGGUACAAUGGAGAAAAAAUGAUGUUGAUGGGACGAUGUGAGGGAGGACAACAGAUCGCGGGUGAAGACCCGAGGGGGGAUGCUGUGUUACGGCUUACGGGGUGAUGCACAUCAUGCUGCUAACCGGGAGGGGGAUUACAC